AUGCGCACGACCAGAGACGCGUGCAAUGGGCGUUUCCUGCUGUUCUCUGAGGCCCUGUUCGCGUCUGGCAUCGCAUCCACCGUCCCCUCCCCCAGCUCCAGGAAUAACCGAACCCUGCCUCCAGACUCGGAGCCGGUGUCCCCAGCCCUCACCGGAGACGCAGGCCAGACGCUCCCUGAACUUAUCGGGGCCAGCGUGCGCCAGGGGGCACUCCGCUUCCUACUCUGGCACCGGAGUCCUCGCAAGGGCAGGAAUCCGCAGGCCCAGAGGAAAGGCCCCAGCCCCCUCGAUGCCAAGUGCGCGCAGCGCCGGGGAACCUGCCACAGAGCGGAGCCGGCCGUGGGCCCGGCGAGCAGCUGCGGGCGAGCUCACGGGCGGCUGAGCCCCCCGGCCUGCACCCUGCGCAAGCACAAGACCAACCGCAAGCCGAGGACGCCCUUCACCACCGCGCAGCUCCUGGCGCUUGAGCGCAAGUUCCGCCAGAAGCAGUACCUGUCCAUCGCCGAGCGCGCCGAGUUCUCCAGCUCGCUCAGCCUCACCGAGACGCAGGUGAAGAUCUGGUUCCAGAACCGCCGCGCCAAGGCCAAGAGACUGCAGGAGGCCGAGCUGGAAAAGCUGAAGAUGGCCGCCAAGCCCAUGCUGCCACCCGCGGCCUUCGGGCUCUCCUUCCCGCUCGGCGGCCCAGCGGCGGUAGCGGCUGCGGCGGGCGCCUCGCUCUACGGUGCCUCUGGCCCCUUCCAGCGCGCCGCGCUGCCGGUAGCGCCCGUGGGACUCUACACAGCCCAUGUGGGCUACAGCAUGUACCACCUGACAUAG